AUGGGUUCUUCUCGUCCUUGGGUAUGAUGCCAGAAGUUAUCUUUUUGUUAUUCAAGAAUUGUUGUUAUCAGCCUAUCCUUCUCCAUUCAUGAUUAUUCCUCACAGUUCGAUGUAGAUCUACUCAUUCCUGCAGAGUCUGUAGAGCUCUAUGAACUUCAGAGAGGAUUACAACUAAAACAAGAAAUAACGCUCUUCAUCGUUCAAAGGGAUUACUGAAAGCAAAGAGCUUCGACUCUGUAGCUCAAGUUCUCUUACGCUGGAGGGACAAAUUGGGCCGGGCUCGAGCCACUUUCACAUGACCCCGCUCUCUCUCUCUCUCUCUCUCUCUCUCUCUCUCUCGUUUCAAUCAUUUUCUCGAAAACCUGUAGGACCUAGCGGAGGACGGCGAUGAGCUCUCGAAGAGGAUGGAGUCAUUCAUCGCGAAGCAACGGAGUCUCGUCGGCGAGAAGACGACGAUGCUGUUGUCGGUCGCCAACGCGUGGGUAAUUGGAAGCCGUCAAUACCACCAUCUCGUUUCCUUGAUGAUAUUCAGUUUCUUUCCGACGAUUGCCUCCAUCCUCUCCCUGACGUCAUCGCUGUCCACCUCCUCCAUCGUUACCUUUUUCCUCGCCUUCCAUGACUGA